AUGUGGGUGAAGCAGAGGUACACGGCAUCAUCAGCAUCAUGCCUAUCACAGCCCAAGACCAAGGGAGCCUUUGACUCCUUUACUCCAAAUGGCAUUAUCAUCCUCAAAAGAGAAAAACCUAAACACAGCUACCAAAAAGAAGAUAACCCACAGAACAGUCUGCAGGAAGAAGCUACAGUCCUUGGAAUUAUCCAGAUCCUGUGUUGCCUGUUGAUUUCAAGUUUGGGCGCCAUUUUGGUUUCUGCUCCCCACUCUUCCCACUUCAAGCCAACAAUAUCCACCAUUUUGAUGUCUGGGUACCCAUUUGUAGGAGCUCUAUGUUUUGCCAUUACUGGAUCCCUCUCAAUUAUUUCUGGGAAAAAGUCAACUAAGCCCUUUGCCAUGAGCAGGCUGACCUCAAGUGCAAUGAGUUCUCUCAUUGCUGGAGCAGGCCUCUUCCUCCUUGCUGACGGCCUGACAUCCCUGGAGACUGCCUCUUGAUGGUGUGACUCAGAAAGGGAAUAUCUAUCCACACUGCCUUAUUCGAUGUACUAUUAUUCGAUAUAUGAAUUCAAGGACUGUCUCCUGGCUAGUGUCAGUCUAACAGGCAUCUCUGUUCUGUUUAUGCUUUUCUGUGUUCUUUCUUAA